AUGUGUAGUUUAACUUAUGCUCUAUUCAUUGAUAUCUGUGUCUACGUGGUGUAUCGCAGGAAUUUAUUUCUACUUUGUCGAUCUGGAAAAAUGGCAAAUUUUGAAGAAAUUGACACAAAUCCAUCAACUAGUGGCCUUGAUCGUAAUGACAAAACCACUAUAGUUCGAACAAUUAUAAACUAUGAUGGAGUUGAUCGAGAUAGAUAUACGUUCAAUAAGUAUGCUGCAUAUGGAACUACAGCAGCUAGUAACUUGGUUAGUGGUACGGUAACUAAUACAAGUAGUUUAGAAGAAACGAAUGAAUAUCUUGAAAAAUCGGCUGAUAUUUAUAAGGAUCCUAAUCCACAAAUUAUUCGACAAGCAGCAACUGCAAGUCCAGUGACAUAUGAACAACGAGUUCAUGUUCGAUAUCUUCAACCACCAGCAGUUCCAGAACCAGGACCACUCAUUAUUAAAGAAGUGCGUCCACAACAACCAUCACCACCUCCACCACUUGUCAUACGCCAGCAUGCACCACGUCCUCCUUCACCACCUCCACUUAUCUUACGUGAACGGCCACCAACACCACCGCCACGUAUCCCCAGUGAAACAAUUAUUCGUUAUUUACCUGAAAUACCUGUUCCACCACGAUCAGUUGUCAUCGAACAUUUUCCACCUCCUCCAGAAAAACCACGCGAUAUUAUAAUUGAACGAUGGAUUCCCUAUGAACCUCAACCUCAACGUCGCACAAUUCUUCAACGCGCUCCUUCUGCUACAAUAUAUUCAGAACGACGUAAUCCGAUUGUUAUGUAUGAAGCUGUUGAAGUAUGUAUAAUCCGACGAUUUCGAAAACUUGGUGUUAUGCGAGAAAAUCCUGCUAAUUGUGUAGCUUGUUAUGACUCAUCACUUUUGGAUACAGCGACACUUGUUCAAAAGGGUCGUAAUGCUGGUGUUUAUGAAGAUACACCGCCUCCGCUGGCAAAUGAAAUAAUCAUUCAAGAUUUUUCAUUAUCAGGUGUAACUAGUUGUGAAGGAAUUCAACGAGCUGCUGAUACUGAAGCUAUUAAGCUUGGUAAUACAAGUUAUUCAUCGUCAGCAUCAAACUUGAUUGGUAAUAGUGCUUUAGCUGACGAUGUUAGUAUAACCCAAAGUGGAUUUCAUGUUGAUGAUGCUAGUCUUACCGCUACUAAUACUAACCAUGAUGGACAAUUAAAACAAAUUAAUCAAACACUAUUGAUACCACCACCAACUGAAUCACGUUUUCUCGUAUACCAUGUUGGUGUUAUUUUUAAACGAGGUGUUUGUAUUGUAUUAUACUAUAGAUUAGCAUAA